AGCUAAGGCAGAGGCUGACUUUCAGGUUGGGGUUUAUUUAUUUAUCUGAAUUUAGUUUCUGGAUUCCGGUCUCCCCGACAAACCUACAGACGCAAGUCAGACCCAGACUUCCUAAGAGCUGGUUUUCCCUCACAUGGUCUCUCUGUAAACACGCUCUGCCCUGUGCGUGACUUUACACAGCUGCUCUCUGUGUGUGCAGCCAUCAGCGCACGGAGCCGCGCCGCACCCCCGGCUGCAGCGGUCACCCGCCGUCUUUCUCUCGCGCACGGGAGGCGCAGGGGAAGUGCGGGGCCUGGUGCGGCGGCGCUGCCUGAGCCCCAUGGCGGAGCUCCCACGGGCUGCGGCGGGCUCGGGCCCGGCCGGAGGCGGCAGGCUCGGGCUCCAGGCGAUCACGGCCCCGGAUCCCCGGCCUGCGCGGAGUGGAAAGGUAGAAGGCCAGCAGAAUGGUGAAACAGUCCCAGCUGAGCAAGCAAACACUUCAGAUGACACAGUUACGGGUGCUGGGAGUCUUCAGAAUGAUCAGAUAGUUCAGAAAAUAGAGGAAGUACUGUCUGGGGCCCUUGAUACAGAGCUACAGUGUAAAUCAGGUGUGGAGGAAGAUUCAGUGAAAAAUAGCUCUUCAUCUACAAAAAGAGGCCCUACUGACGAAGUAGAAGAUGAAAUUCCAAGAAAAAAAUCAAAAAAGAACAAGAAACACAAAAGCAAGAAGAAGAAGAAGAAAAAGAAGAAGAAAAGGAAGAAAGAAAAAAAACAUAAAAAGCAGCCAAAGGAAUCAAAAUUAAGUGCACAGUAUGGAGAGCAUGCAGAUUUACAACCUGCUUCUCACUCAAAGACAGAAAAAUUGGGCUCAAAGUUGAUCACACAGCAUGGAGGGCAUGCAGAUUCAGAUCUUGCUGGUCAAAUGCAGCCAGAAGAAUUGGGCACAAAAUUGAGUGCAGAGUACAUGGGGCAUUCAAUUAAAAGACUCACACCUCAUUUGCUAUCAGAUUCUGAAUCAUCUGUGGAAAAACUUGGGAGUGAAAAAACAAACUUGGCCUUGACUGAUAUACACAGUUCAGAAACCAGCAAAUUGGAUACCCAGGAAGAAAAUACUAGUACAAUGAAAAUUCAAGAGCAAGCUAAAGUAAAAUUAUUGGUGAAUAAGACUCAUGAAAGUAUAUAUCAUAUAGCUAUUAAUAUGAAUGCAAAGGGUGGACCUUUACCAGUUAAAGACACUGAAAAUGGUACUGUGUCUACCAACAGAACUGGAGUUGCUGGUAAAUCUGAAAUUGAAAAGGAUUUGGAAGCUAUUCCAGCCUCUGAGAUAACAGAAGAACUAAAAGAUUCAGAAGCUACUCUGAAAUCGAUGGGCAUGGUGGAGGUGAAAGAAUUAGAAACAACCUUAGAAUCUGAGGCCAUGGCAAAGAUUAAAUUUUCAGAAGCAAUUCUAAAAUCUCUGACUAUGGCGACUUCAGAGGGUUUGGAUGCCCCUCUAGAAUCUGUGGCCAUAGCAGAGGUGAAAGCAACUCUAGAAUCUGUGGCUGUGACAAAUGAUUUGGUAGAAACUCCAACAUCUGUAGUUGUAAUGGAGACGAAAGCUUUGGAAGGAACCGCAGAAUCUGUUGUCAUGACAGAUAUGAAAGGUUUGGAAGCCACUCUAGAAACUGUGGGUGUGUCAGAGGCAAAAAGUUUGGAAGGCGGGCUUGAAUUUGUGACUGUGCCAGAUGAUUUGGUAGCAACUUCAAAAUCUGUGGCUAAGGCAGAGGUGAAUGGUUUGGAAGCAAUACCAAAAUCUGCAUCUAUGGGGGAGGUGAAAGGUUCAGAACCUGUUGUGAAUGCAAAAGAUUUGGAAGCAGCUCUAAAACCUGCAAUGGAGAGGAAAGAUUUGGAAAUAACUCCAGAAUCUCUACACAUGGAGGAGGUGAAAGGUGCAGAAGGAGCCCUAGAAUCUGUGGCUAUGGCAAUAGAUUUGGAAGGAACCCUCAAACCUGCUCCUCUGGCAGAGGCAAAAGAUUCAGAUGCACCAUCACUGUCUCCGCAAAUAGAAGAUAUGAAAGAGUCAAAAGGAUUCCUAGAAUCUGUGGCCAUGGCAAAAGGUCCAGAAACAAUCCUAGACCCUGCAGGGGUGACAGAGGUGAAAGAUUUGCAAGAAAUUCCAGAAUCGCUGCACAUACAGGAUAUGGAAGCUUUGGAAGCAUCCUUAGAACCUGUGGUCAUGACAACAGGUCUGGAAGUGGCUCUAGAACAUGUGGCUGUGGCGAAAGGUGCAACUCCACUUUCUAUGCAAAUGGAAAAAGUGAAAGAUUUGGAAGGAGCCCUAGUAGAAUCUGUGGCAGUGGCAAAAGGUUCAGAAGCAGCCCUAGAACAUGUUGUCUUGGCAGAGAAUAAAGGUGUGGAACCAACUUCACUAUCUCUGCAAAUGGAAGAUGUGAAAGAUUCGGAAGGAGCUCUAGAAUCUGUUGCCAUGGAAGAAGGCUCAGAAGCAACCCAAGAACCAGUGACAGAGGCAAAAGACUUGGAAGCAAUCUUAGAAUCUGUCUCGGAGGUGAAAGGUUCAGAACCAGCACCUCUGUCUCUGCAGAUGGAAGAUGUGAAAGGUUCAGAAGGAGGUGUAAAAUCUUUGGCCAUGGCAAAAGGUUCAAAACCAACCCUAAAAGCUGUGGCUGUGGGGGAGGGAAGAGGUUCAGAAGCAACUCUGCUGUCUCUGGAAAUGGAGAAUGUGAAAGAUUCAGAAGGAGCCCUAGAAUCUGAGGCCGCGGCAAAAGAUUUAGAGGCAACUCUAGAACCGGUGGCAGAGGUGAAAGAUUCGGAAGCAAUGCUUCGGUCUCUGCAAAUGGAAGAUGUGAAAGAAUUAGAAGGAACCCUAGAAUCUGUCAUGGCGGCAAAAAGUUCGGAAGAAACCCUAGGGCCUGUGGCCAGGGUGGAGGAGAAAAGUGCAGAAACACCUCCACUAUCUCUGCAAAUAGAAGAUGUGACAGAAUCAGAAGGAGUCCUAGAAUCUAUGUCUGUGGUGAAGUUGAAGGCUUUGGAAGCAGCCUUUGAGUCCGUAGUCAUGGUAGAGGUGAAGGAUUUAAAUAAACUUGUACAAGCUGAGUCUGAGGUCACAACUCAGUUUAAAGAUUUGGAAGCAAUUCCCAAAUUUCUGUGCAUGGAGGGAGAUUUGGUAAUAACUCCAGAAUCUGAGACAACAUCAGAAGUGAAAAACAUGGAAAUAGUUGGACAAUCUGAAUCACUGGCAGAAGUGAAAGAUUUGGAAACCACCCCAGAAUCUGAAGCAGUGGCAGAGUCAAAGGAUUCAGAAACAACUACAGAAACUCAGGUGCUGAUGGAAGUGAAAGAUUUGAAAACAAUUCCACAAUCCCAAGUCAUGACAGAAGUAAGUGACUUGAAAAUAUCUCCACAUACUGAGGUGGAGGUGAUGAAAGGUUUUGAAACAGCUACAAAGUCUGAUGCCACUAUAAUAGAGAUGGAAGAUUCUGAAUCAACUCUGGAAUCUAGGGCAGUAGUGGAAGUGAAAGAUCCGGAAGCCACACCGGAAUCUGAGGCAAUGACUGGCAUAAAAUAUUCUAAAAAAUGUCUAGAAUCUGAGGCCAAGGCAGAGUUGAAACAUUCAGAAGCUACCCCAGAAUCUUUACACCUUACAGACUUGAAAGAUUCUGGAAAAACUCCGGGACCUGAGAUGAUGAUGCAAAUUAAAGAUUCAAAAACAAUUCAAAAAUCGGAGCCCGUCACUCUGGUGAAAGAUUCUGAAGCUAGUCGAGAAUUGCUGCAUAUAGUGGUAAAAGAUUUGCAAUCAACUCUAGAACCUGAGACUGUGACAGUGGUGAAAGAUUUGAAGGAAACUCUAGAGUGUGAGAUGGUGGUGGCGAAAGAUUUGGAAACAACCCUAAAAUCUGAAGUAGUCAUGGAUGUAAAGCAUUCUAAGGCUGCUCCAGAAUCUUUGUAUAAAGCAAAGGUAAAGGAUUCAGAAGCAGUUCCAGAAUCUCUCUGCUCAUCGAAGGUGAAAGUUGCAGAACCUGCUCUAGAAUUGGAGGCGGCAGCAAAAGUGAAAGAUUUGAAAGAAACCCUAGAAUCUAAGGUCAUGGUAGAUGUGAAAGAUUUGGAAGCUGCUUCAGAAUCUGUGGUCAGGAUGAAGGUAAAAGAUUUGGAAGAAAUUCCAGAACAUUGGCAGCCAGUGGAUGUGAAAAUUUUGGAAGCAUCUCUGGAAUCUGAGGAAACAGAAGAAGUAAAAUAUUCAGAAGCAACUCCAGAAGCGCAGGUGUUGACAGAGACGAAAGAUUUGGAAGAAACUCUGGAAACUCUGUACACUGCAGAGGUGGAGGAGUUGGAAAAAAUUACAGAAUCUAUGCCAAUGGUAGAGGUGAAAGAAUCUGAGGCUGUGACGGAUCUGAAAUUCUCAGCAACAACUCUAAAAUCUGAUAAAACAGUGGAGGUGAAAAUUUUGGAAGAUACACCAGAAUCUUUGACAGUGGAAAAGAUACAAAAUUCAAAAGCAUAUGUAGAAUCUCUGCACACUGAGGAAAUGAAAGAUUUGGAAGCAGAUCUAGAAGCUGAGGCUGCAACAGAUCUGAAGGAUUUGGAAGAAACUUCAGGCACUGUGCAGGUGAAAUAUUCAGAAGCAGUUUUGAAAUCUGUGGGCAUAGCAGAGAGAAAACAUUUGGAAACAACUGUAGAAAGUCCUAAUGCAGUGCUAGAUUUGGAAACAGUUUUAGAAUCUCAGCACAUUGUGGAUCUGAAAUUUCCGGAAACUCCUGAGAUUCCUGAGUUAACAGUGGAGGUGAAAGAUUCUGAAGCAGCUCUAGAAUCUGAGGCUAUUACAGAGGUAUUGCGACCUAUUCCAGAGUCUGUGGCCACGGUGGAGGUGAAAGAUUUGAAAGCAGUUCCAGAUUCUCUUCACACAGUAAACAUGAAUAACUUGGAAGCAACUCCAGAAUUGGCGGCAGCUGCAAAGGUGAAAGACUUGGAAGCAGUUCCAGAAUCUGUGGUGGCAGUAGCAGAGGUGAAGGAUUUACAAGCAGCUCCAGAAUCGGCAGCAGUGGCGAAAGAUUUGGAAGCAGCUCCAGAAUAUGUGGUGAUGCUGGCAGAGGUGAAAGAUUCAGAAGUAGUUCCAGAUUCUCUGCAUACCAUAGAUGUGAAAGAUUCUAAAACAAUUCCAGAAUCUGUGGUGGUGGUUUCAGAGGCGAAGGAUUCAGAAGCCGCUCCAGAAUCUGUGGCGGCAGUGGCAGAGUUGAAAUACUCAGAAACAAGUCCAGAAUCUGUGGUGGUGACUGCAGAAAUGAAAGAUUUAGAAGCAGCUCUGAAAUCUGUGAUGGUGGCAGAGAUGAAGGAUUUGAGAGCAGCUCCAAAAUCUUUGGCUGUAGAGGUGACAGAUUUGGAACCAGCGCCAGAUAUUCUGCGUCCUGUAGAUGUGAAAGAUUCUGGAUCAACUACAGAAUCUGUGAUAGCAGCUGAAGAGGUGACAGAUUUGGAAGCAGCUCCAGAUUUUCUGCACACUGAAGAUGUGAAAGAUUCUGAAAGAACUCCACUAUCUGUGGUAGUGGCUGCAGAGGUGAAAGAUUCAGAAGCUGCUCCAGAAUCUGUUGUGACAGUGGCAGAGUUGAAAUACUCAGAAACAAGUCCGGAAUCUGUGGUGGCUACUGCAGAAAUGAAAGAUUUAGAAGCCGUUCUGGAAUCUGUGGCAAUGGCAGAGGUGAAGGAUUUGCAGGCUGCUACAGAUGCUGUAGUGGUGGUGGCAGAGGUGAAAGAUUUGAAAGCUGUUCCAGUUUCUCUGGUGGCGGUGGCAGACGUAGAAGAGUCAGAAGGCACUCCAAAAUCUGUGGGGGUGGCUGCAGAGAUGAAAGAUUUGGAAGCAGCUCCAGAAUCUGUGGUGACCAUGGCAGAGGUGAAAAAUUUGGAAGCACCUCCAGAUUCUUGGUAUACAGUGUACGUUAAAGAUCCAGAAACAACUCAAGAAUCUGUGGCAGUGACAGCAGAGGUGAAGGAUUCAGAAGCAACUCCAGCAUUUGGGGCGAUGGCGGCAGAGGCGAAAGAUUCAGAAGCAGCUUCAGAAUCUGUGGCAGUAGCGGCAGAGGUGAAGGAUUUGCAAGCUGCUCCAGAUUCUCUGGUGGCAGUGGCAGAGGUAGAAGAUUCAGAAGCAGCUAGUGUUUCUCUGCAUACUUUAGGUGUGAAUGAUUCAGAAGCAGCUCCAGAAUCUGUGGUGGCUAUGGCAGAGGUGAAAAAUUUGGAAACAUCUCCAGAUUCUCUGUAUACACUGUAUGUUAAAGAUUCAGAAACUACUCAAGAAUCUGUGACAGUGACAGCAGAGGUGAAUGAUUCGGAAGCAACUCCAGCAUUUGGGCCAGUGGCGGAAGAGGUGAAAGAUUUGGGAGUGGCUCCAGUAUCGGUGGUGGCUGUGGCAGCGGUGGAAGUUUCGGGAGUGGCUCCGGAAUUGGUGGUGGUUGUGGCAGAGGCAAAAGAUUCCGAAGCGGCUCCAGGAUCUGUGGCAGAAGUGAAGAAUGAUGAUCUUUUUAAAAAAAAGAAAGCACAUGAAAAAAGUAACAAGAGUAGUGAUAAACAUAAACAAGAUGCAAAGAAAUUAAAAAGGAGUAAAUCUAAAUCUCUUUCACGAUCCAGGAAGCGGAAAAAAAAGUCCAGGUCACGUUCUGUUUCUAAACAUUUGAAAUAUAAAAGAGCAAGGUCUAGGAGCAGAAACUACUCAGAUUCCAGAAAGAACCAUUCCACAUCUUAUGACAAGUCUAGAUCCAGAUCUGUGGAAAAAAGAGGGGGCAAAGACUCUUCCUGGAGGUCCAGACGCAGGCGCUCCAGGUCCUCUGAUGGUCUCAAGUCAAGAUCCAGAUCCAUUGAUAAAAGGGAAGGCAAAGACUCUUCCUGGAGGUCUAGACGCAGGCGCUCCAGGUCCUCUGAUCGUCUCAAGUCUAAAUCCAGAUCUGUUGAAAAAAGAGAGGGCAAAGAUUCUUCACGGAGGUCUAGACGCAGACGCUCCAGGUCCUCUGAUCGCCUCAAGUCUAGAUCCCGAUCUGUUGAAAAAAGAGAGCGCAAAGAUUCUUCAGGGAGGUCUAGACGCAGACGCUCCAAGUCCUUGGAUCGUCUCAAGUCUAGAUCCAGAUCUGUUGAGAAAAAAGGGCGCAAAGACUCUUCCUGGAGGUCCAGACGCAGACGCUCCAAGUCCUCUGAUCGUCUCAAGUCUAGAUCCAGAUCUGUUGAAAAAAGAGAGCGCAAAGAGUCUUCACGGAGGUCUAGGCGCAGACGCUCCAAAUCCUCUGAUCGUUUCAAGUCCAGAUCCAGAUCCAGAUCUUUUGAAAAAAGAGGUGGCAAAGAAUCUUCCUGGUGGUCCAGACGCAGACGCUCCAAGUCCUCUGAUCGUUUCAAGUCCAGAUCCAGAUCCAGAUCGGUUGAAAAAAGAGGUGGCAAAGAAUCUUCCUGGAGGUCUAGACGCAGACGCUCCAAAUCCUCUGAUCGUCUCAAAUCAAAAUCCAGAUCCAGAUCUGUUGAAAAAAGAGGUGGCAAAGAAUCUUCCUGGAGGUCUAGACGCAGACGCUCCAAGUCCUCUGAUCGUCUCAAAUCAAAAUCCAGAUCCAGAUCUGUUGAAAAAAGAGGUGGCAAAGAAUCUUCCUGGAGGUCCAGACGCAGACGCUCGAAAUCCUCUGAUCGUCUCAAGUCAAGAUCGAGAUCUGUUGAAAAAAGAGGGGGCAGGGACUCUUCAUGGCGGUCUAAACGUAGACGUUCCAAGUCCUCGGAUCGUCUCAAAUCUAGAUCCAAAUCUGUUGAAAAAAGAGGGGGCAGAGACUCUUCACGGAGGUCUAAACGUAGACGCUCCAAAUCCACCGAUCAUCGCAAAUCUAGAUCCAAAUCUGUUGAAAAAAUAGGUAGUAAAGAGUCUUCACGGAAGUCUAAACGUAGACGUUCCAAGUCCUCUGAUCGUCUCAAAUCUAGAUCCAAAUCUAUUGAAAAACUAGGAAGCAAAGAGUCUUCAUGGAGGUCCAGACGCAGAUGCUCGAAAUCCUUUGAUGGUCUAAAGUCUAGAUCUAGAUCCAAAUCUGUUGGAAAAAGACAGAGCAAGGAGUCUUCACAGAGAUCUAGAAGUAAACACUCCAAGUCUUUUGAACAUCACAAAUCUAGAUCCAAAUCUGUUGAAAGAAUAGAGGUACAGGAACCUUCACAGAGAUCUCGAAGUAGCCGCUCCAAGUCUUCUGAAUGUAACAAAUCUAGAUCCAAAUCUGUUGAAGAAAUAGAGGCUCAGGAGCCUUCACUGAGGUCUCGAAGUAGCCACUCCAAGUCUUCUGAAUGUCAUAUGUAUAGAUCCAAAUCUGUUGACGAAAUAGUGGUUCAGGAGCCUUCACAGAGGUUUCGAAGUAGCCGCUCCAAGUCCUUGGAACAUCAACAAUCUAGAUCCAAAUCUGUUGAAGAAAUAGAGGGCAAAGAAUUGUCACAGAGGUCUCAAAGUAACCGCUUCAAGUUUUCUGAAUGUCACGAGUCCAGAUCAAAAUCUGUUGAAGAAAUAAUGGUUCAAGAGCCCGCACAGAGGUCUCGAAGUAGCCGCUCCAAGUCUUCUGAGCCUCACAAGUCCAGAUCCACAUCUGUUGAAGAAAUAGAGGCUCAGGAGCCUUCACUGAGGUCUCGAAGUAGCCGCUCCAAGUCUUCUGAACGUCGCACGUCUAGAUCCAAAUCAGUUGAAGAAAUAGAGGUGCAGGAGCCUUUACAGAGGUCUCGAAGUAGCCGCUCCAAAUCUUCUGAACAUCUCCAGUCCAGAUCCAAAUCAGUUGAAGAAAUAGAGGUGCAGGAGCCUUUACAGAGGUCUCAAAGUAGCCGCUCCAAGUCUUCUGAACGUGUCACGUCUAAAUCCAAAUCUGUUGAAGAAAUAGAAGCUCAGGAGCCUGCAGAGAGGUCUCAAAGGAGCCGCUCUGAGUCUUUGGAACGUCAAAUGUCUAGAUCCAAAUCUGUUGAAAAAGUAGAAUGCAAAGAUUCUUCACAGAGGUCUCGAAGUAGCCGCUCCAAAUCUUCUGAACGUCACACAUCCAGAUCCAAAUCUGUUGAAGAAAUAGAGGUUGAGGAGCCUUCACAGAGGUCUCGAAGCAGCCGCCCGGAGUUCUUGGAACGUCAAAAGUCUAGAUCCAAAUCUGUUGAAAAAGUAGAGGGCAAAGAUUCUUCACCGAUGGCUCGUCUUAGCCGCUCCAAGUCUUCUGAACGUGUCACGUCUAAAUCCAAAUCUGUUGAAGAAAUAGAAGCUCAGGAGCCUGCAGAGAGGUCUCAAAGGAGCCGCUCUGAGUCUUUGGAACGUCAAAUGUCUAGAUCCAAAUCUGUUGAAAAAGUAGAAUGCAAAGAUUCUUCACAGAGGUCUCGAAGUAGCCGCUCCAAGUCUUCUGAACGUGUCACGUCUAAAUCCAAAUCUGUUGAAGAAAUAGAAGCUCAGGAGCCUGCAGCGAGGUCUCAAAGCAGCCGCUCUGAGUCUUUGGAACGUCAAAUGUCUAGAUCCAAAUCUGUUGAAAAAGUAGAAUGCAAAGAUUCUUCACAGAGGUCUCGAAGCAGCCGCCCGGAGUCCUUGGAACGUCACAAGUCCAGAUCCAAAUCUGAUGAAGAAAUGGAGGUUCAGGAGCUUUCACUUAGGUCUCGAAGUAGCCGCUCCAAGUCUUCUGAACGUGUCACGUCUAAAUCCAAAUCUGUUGAAGAAAUAGAAGCUCAGGAGCCUGUAGAGAGGUCUCAAAGCAGCUGCUCUGAGUCUUUGGAACGUCAAAUGUCUAGAUCCAAAUCUGUUGAAAAAGUAGAAUGCAAAGAUUCUUCACAGAGGUCUCGAAGUAGCCGCUCCAAGUCUUCUGAACGUCACACAUCCAGAUCCAAAUCUGUUGAAGAAAUAGAGGUUGCGGAGCCUUCACAGAGGUCUCGAAGUAGCCGCUCCAAGUCUUCUGAACGUCACAAGUCCAGAUCCAAAUCUGAUGAAGAAAUGGAGGUUCAGGAGCUUUCACAGAGGUCUCGAAGUAGCCGCUCCAAGUCUUCUGAACGUGUCAAGUCCAGAUCCAAAUCUGUUGAAGAAAUAGAGGUUGCGGAGCCUUCACAGAGGUCUCGAAGUAGCCGCUCCAAGUCUUCUGAACGUCACAAGUCCAGAUCCAACUCUGUUGAAGAAAUAGAGGUUCAGGAGCCUUUACAGAGGUCUCGAAGUAGCUGCUCCAAGUCUCCUGAACUUCAAAAGUCCAGAUCCAAAUCUGUUGAAAAAAUAAAGGGCAAAGAUUCUUCGCAGAGGUCUCGGAGUAGCCGCUCCAAAUCUCCUGAACUUCAGAAGUCUAGAUCCAAAUCUGUUGAAAAAAUAAAGGGCAAAGAUUCUUCACAGAGGUCUCGGAGUAGCCGCUCCAAAUCUCCUGAACUUCAAAAGUCUAGAUCGAAAUCUGUUGAAAAAACAAAGGGCAAAGCGUCUUCACAAAGGUCUAGAAGAAAACGCUCCAAAUCUUCUGAACGUCACAAGUCUAGAUCCAAAUCAGUUGAAAAAGUAGAGGGCAAAGAGUCUUCACAGAGGUCUAGAAGUAAGCGUUCUAAAUCCUCUGAGCGCAAACCACAAAAACAUGAUAGUGAAUCGCGGUCUAGACGAAAUCGGUCUCGGUCAGUAACACGUAAAAGACUGUCAAAAUCUAAAUCUAAUCAUCGAUCUCGGACACGCUCUCUAUCACGUUCAAGACACAGAAGGAGGACUCGGUCAAGAUCAGUGUCGAAAAGGAGACGGUCUUUAUCAAGAGAGAGACACAAAAGAUCUCAAAGGAAUAGAUCAAGGUCUGCUGAUAGAAGAAGAAGAAGAUCAAACUCUAGGGAUCACCGAAUAGUGCUCAGGUUACGGACCAGAAGUCGAACACCUAUUCGACGAAAACGGUCUAGGUCAGUGGGAAGAAGACGAAGCUCUAGCAAAUCACCAGUUCGACUAAGACGAUCAAGAUCACCUGGGAGAAGAAGAUGCUAUAGCAGAUCACCUGACCGUCAGAGAAGGUCCAGAUCAUCCGAUAAGUUUUCAAGCAGAUCACCUAAACGUCUUACAGACUUAGACAAGGCCCAGCUACUUGAAAUAGCCAAAGCUAAUGCAGCUGCCAUGUGUGCUAAGGCUGGUGUCCCCUUACCACCAAGCCUACUGCCUAUUAUAGCUCCAGCAAAGAAGGAGGAGAAAGUUACUCAGAAGUCAGCAAGAGAUACAAUAAAGGAGCUCACUGAGAAAUGCAAGAAGAUUGCACAAAGCACAGAUGACGUGAUCGUGAACAAGCCUCAUGAUUCUGAUGAAGAGGAGGAAGAACGCCCUUUCUACAAUCAUCCUUUUAAACUCAAUGAACCUAAACCCAUUUUUUUCAACUUAAAUACCACUCCUAUCGUAAAACCAGCACCAAAAAAUCAGGUAACUUUGACAAAGGAGUUCCCUGUCUCAUCUGGGUCUCAACACAGGAAAAAGGAAGCUGACAGUGUCUAUGGAGAAUGGGUUCCAGUUGAGAAAAACAAAGAAGAAAGCAAAGAUGAUGUUUUCCCCAAACCAGCUCUUGCACAGACUGUGGACAUCUCUACAGCAAUGAAUGAACGAACAAUGGCUCAGAAGAGGCUUACAGAAAAUACAUUUGACUUAGAGGCCAUGUGCUUGUUAAAUCGUGCACAGGAACAGAUUGAUGCUUGGGCGCAGUCAAACUCUCUGCCGGGCCAAUUCACAGGAAGUACUGGAGCACAGAUUUUGUCCUCAGAUGAGUUGUCCAACAGUGGUCCCCAAGCAUGGAUUAGAAAGGAUCAGUUCUUAAGAGCAGCCCCUGUAACUGGAGGAAUGGGAGCCCAACUGAUGAGAAAAAUGGGCUGGAGAGAAGGAGAGGGAUUAGGAAAAAACAGAGAAGGAACUGUGGAGCCUAUCCUAGUGGAUUUUAAGACAGAUCGAAAAGGCCUUGUUGCAGUGGGAGAAAAGACACAAAAGAGAUCGGGACACUUUAGUGUAAUGAAGGAUCUUUCAGGUAAACAUCCAGUUUCUGCAUUGAUGGAGAUAUGUAAUAAAAGAAGAUGGUCACCACCUGUAUUCGUAUUGGUGGAUGAUAGUGGGCCUGAUCAUCGCAAACAUUUUAUCUUCAAGGUGAUGGUCAACGGGCAUGAAUACAGGCCUAGCUUUCCCAGCCUUAAUAAGAAGCAUGCUAAAGCCACAGCAGCAACUGCGGCUCUCCAAGCGAUGGGACUUGUACCAAAGGAAAGCAUGCCCAAUGCCACCAUCUUCAGGAGUGCCUCACACCGCUAGAUAUUGUUUUUUAUAUUGACAUUAUUUCAGAUAAUUUUAUUCUGCACAAGAAAGGUAUUUCCCCGUUUCAUGUUGUAAAUACAUUGGUGAUUCCCACAUUGUAAAAACUGUACAGACACCUUCAGGAUUUUCUUUUGUACCAUCAAAAAUGUAUUUAAAUCAUACUUAGUUUUUGGUAUGUUUAUAUUGUUUACAUUAGUGAUGUAAUUAUUUCUUAAAUGACUAAAUUCAACAGGCAGACUCUGGAGGGCAUCAGUAAUCUAAACCCUUGUUUUAAAACUCAUGCAAUUUCUCUUUGAACCUCAUGCAAGUUUCUCUUCAAUAUGGAAUGUUAACACUUUCAUACUCUUUUGUACUAUAAUGCAGUUUUCCCUGGUCUUGGUAAAGCUACUGUUGUAGUACUUUUGCCUAUAGCCAGUACAAGGCUGCACAGCUUAUCAUAGUCUAGAAAAAGGCUGGUAUGUACUGCUGGACAGAUACUGGGCCAGUAAUGUUACCCCCUCCAAGAAGGUAGGUAAAUUGUGGCACUGUUGUACAAUGCUAACAUUACCACUUCUGUCUUGUUUGGGGUUUAAGUCAAUGGUGUACUGCAACUGGCCAUAUUGCUUACUUUUUAAAACUAAAAAGAAUAGGCAAAUGACCUGGUUUAAAUGGGAGGGAAGAAAGUCCAGCGAUGAAAUUGAUGAGAAUUGCAGUGUAAAAGUGUCUCUCCCCUGCAUGUCCUGGUAAGGAGAUAUGAAAUUGUCUAUUCCAAUCUCAAAUUAACACACUGCCUGAUGUUGAUUGUAUGAAUUUGUGGUUAAUGUGAAUUUUAAGCUAUAACAAAUCUACAACUGGAUGGGGGGGUAGAAUGAUGCUUCAAUUGUUGUACCCAACUCAGUCAAUAAAGCCGCACAAGUUCAUAAUCUUAAUCAUUGGUCAGUAAACAGUAAUUAAGAUCUGUGCCAAAGCAGUAAUGUAGAGAGUAUGUAUCAGAGGGGGAGCAAUAGUGAAAUGUUUUCAGUUGUUUAUAAAGUUACCAAGCUAA